CUGUGUCACACUCUCUGUACACGGCAACGAUGGGCAAGGCAGUCCUGGUUUCGGCAUUGGCCCUGCUGCUUCAUAUGCAGCUUGGCUCAGCCUACAUUUUAUCAUGCUACUUCACCAACUGGGCACAGUAUCGCCCCCCUCCCACCAUCUACAUGCCCAAUGACAUCGACCCUUGCCUGUGUACCCAUCUCCUCUACGCUUUCGCCACCAUGACCAAUGAUUACAAGAUUGCUACAUUUGAGUGGAAUGAUGUGGAGCUCUACAGCCAAUUCAAUGCCUUGAAGGACAAGAACGGAAACUUGAAAACUCUUCUGUCUGUUGGUGGGUGGAACUUUGGCUCCUCAGGAUUUUCUGCCAUGGUAGCCACUGCUGCCAACCGCCAGACUUUCAUCAAUUCUGUAAUUGCUUUUCUGAGGAAGUAUGAAUUUGAUGGAUUGGACAUUGACUGGGAGUACCCAGCCAACAGGGGAAGCCCGCCACAAGAUCAGCAACUGUUCUCUGUUCUGUUAGCUGAAAUGAGGGCUGCAUUUGAAGCAGAGGCCAAACAGACCAACAGAGCCCGACUGCUGAUGUCUGCUGCCGUCUCAUCAGGUCAGGGCACCAUUGAGACAGCUUACCAGAUUCCUCAGCUUGGACAGUCACUGGACAUGAUUAACGUUAUGUCCUAUGACAUGCAUGGAUCAUGGGAUCCUUUCACAGGAGAGUGCAGCCCCCUGUACAGGGAUUCUUUUGACAGUGGAAACUACAUCUACUUUAAUGUGGACUAUGCCAUGAAUUACUGGAGUAACAAUGGUGCUCCUGCAGAGAAGCUUCUUGUUGGGUUCCCCACCUAUGGAAACACUUUUACCCUGACAAAUCCUGCCAACCAUGGAAUUGGUGCUCCAAUCUCUGGAGCAGGAACAGCAGGAAAAUACACUCAGGAAGCUGGGGAAUUGGCUUAUUUUGAGAUCUGUACCUUCCUGCAAGGGGGAGCAACUGAGGUGUGGAACUCUCAGCAAGACGUGCCCUAUGCCUAUCAGGGAAACCAGUGGGUUGGCUAUGACAAUAUCAAGAGCUUCCAGAUCAAGGCUCAGUGGCUGAUGAAAAGCAACUUUGGUGGUGCUAUGGUGUGGACCAUUGACAUGGAUGACUUUUUGGGCACUUUCUGUAACCAGGGCAAAUAUCCUCUAAUUAAUGUGCUUCACAAGGCCUUUAACCUGGACCAACAAUCCUGCAGUCCUCCUGCAACUCCACUUCCCCCAAUACCUGGAGUGAGCUCCACAACCCCUAGUGCCAGUGGAGGAAGUUCUAGUGGAGGAGGCUCCAGCAGUGGAAGCUCCAGCAGUGGAAGCUCCAGCGGAGGAAGCUCUAGUGGCACCAGUGGCAUGAACAGCUCUUUCUGUGUUGGCAAAGCCAAUGGUCUCUACCCAUUCUCCGCCAAAAGCAACAAUUUCUACGAGUGCAACGGAGGCCAGACUUAUUUCCAGCAUUGUGCAACAGGCCUGGUGUUUGACACAAGCUGCUCAUGCUGCAACUGGAGCUAAAGGCGCAACACAUUUAUUAAAUCGGUGACUUUACCCUGCUGUCUUGAUUCCUCCGUUUUCUGGAAGGGUACCAUCUUAAUAAAAGAAUAACAGUGUCCCACUGAUUAGCAGGAAGAUGUUUGUUGUGUGAUGGGUAAGAAAUACCAGAUUCCUCUGCGCUCAUGAUUGUUUAAUCGUCUGUAAUAAAGCUUAUGCAACAGCUCUGCUUUUUUCUUGUUUCCCGAUGUUUCCUGCAGACACGUUCUGAAGAACUUCAGCAUUUUAAAUGCGUGCCUAAUGCACUCUCAGGAAAAAUA